AUGAAACCGUCGUCAUUCAAGGGAGGAAUAGAACCAAUGAAAGUUGAAGCAUGGGUGCUGGGAAUAGAGAAACUGUUUGAAGUAUUUCCUUGUACCGAAGUCCAGAAAGUGCAACUUGCCGCCUUCACUCUUGAAGACGAGGCACGAAGAUGGUGGAUGCUUACGAGAACUGUGCAUCAAGGUUUAACAUGGGAUAGAUUUUUGGAGCUGUUCUAUGAUAAGUACUUUUCCCAAAGUAUGCGAGAUAAAAAGGUGACUGAAUUUGAAACUCUGAGACAAGGAAGUAAGACCGUUGCAGAAUAUGAAGCUCAAUUUGCCGAACUAGCUCGGUUUGCGCCUCAUAUGGUGGAUACGGAUUAUAAGAAGGCACGAAAAUUUGAAGGGGGAUUACGGGGUGCUAUCCUAGACCGAGUCAAUAUCUUGAAGCUACCUACUUAUGUCGAUGUGUUAGAAAGGGCUGUUAGAGCAGAAGGAAACCUUGCUACUCAGAAUCGGAUUUCCGAGUGGAAAGGGAAGAGGCAGAACAAUCAAUGGUCAAAGGGGUUAGUAACCCCACCAAGUAAGAAGCAUAAUUCAGGGAACUCCAGCACCACCACCCCGGCUCAAAACUCCACUCCUAUGUGUUCAGACUGUGGAAGGCAGCAUCGUGGGACUUGCCACUGGAAGACUAGAGCUUGUUUUAAGGAAAGUAUCUGUCACAAUUAUAAUGAUAAAUCAGAAAUUGAGAGCCGCAGAGACUUUAUAAGCCAAAAUUGA